AUGGAUUUAUUGUUGUAUUCUGAGGUUGAUCAAAGACGGGAGCCUGAAAAACUACUUGAUACAUUACGCAAAGUAAAACAAUUAGAUGAAAUUUGUGAAUCCCAUGGAAAAAUUGAUCUUAGCCCAUUGGCUUUUGGUACAUCAAUCCCAUCAAUUGUUAGUUCACUGAAAAGUAAAGAAGAAAGUCGAUCAUUAACAAGUCAAGUUGAAAAAUGUUGUAAACAUUUAGAAUUUAUGUAUAAAAAAUAUGAAGAACAAUUAGAACAUAUGAAUAUAUUGCAAAAUGUAUUAGAAAGUGCAGAAAUUUAUUAUAAUGUACAAUUGAAAGAAGUUGCUGUGGUUGUCAAUGCCUAUGGAACAUAUGGUAAACGUGUUACAAAGACACUUUCUCAAUUGCAUGAUUUGAUUCAUAAAGAUCAUGCACCGUCAUCAUCACCAACUGGAUCUACUAUUAAUACUACUACUAAUACGAGUAGUAGUACAAGUCAACUGGAUCAUCCUAAACAAUCCACAACAUACAAUAAAGAGAAUGCUUUAAAUGAAUCAUCAACUUAUUCAACUGAUGAAUAUUAUGAAGAUUUCAAUGACGGAUUUGCUCAUCAUGAUGAUGAUGAUGAUGAUGACGACGUCGGUAAUGUUGGCGGUGGCUACGAUGAUGAGCAUAACGAAGGAGGAGGAAUUGGUGGUGGUAGUGUCAGCAAUAGAAAUAUCGGUAAUAACGACAACAACAACAACAUUGAAAAAUCAAUAGUCACUAAAAACAAAAUCACUCAUAGUCAAUCACCAAUGACUAAUAAUAUUAAUGAUAAGAGUUCUCCGAAACUAAUCACAAACAAUGUAACAACUGAUCGAAAUCAAUUGCUGGCACAAACACCAUUUGGUUUUCCUAUAUUUCAACCGGUUUAUGAUGAAUCCGGUGAUGUGGAUUAUCGAGUAUUACUCAAUCCGUCAUUAUCGAAAUUGGCUAAUAAUAAUAAUGAUAAUAAUAAUAAUCAGUUCAGAUCAGAAACCAUUUCAUCUUCAAAAUUAUCCGAUUCAACACUGAUUAAUAUUAAUAAUAAUAAUACUAAUAUUGAUCCUAAGACAAAUUCACAUGAUAUUCCUAUUACUGUUAAUAUGAAUAAUAAUCAUGAUUACAAUCUGCCUAAAACUACUACGCAUCAAUCAAUGUAUGCCACAUGUACCAGUGCAAGUAUACCACAUCAUAAACACUCUGUCAUUGAUGAAUUUCCUAAUAAUAAUAAUAAGUCAGUCGUCAAUAAACCGGCUCAUAUUAUUGUUGAUCACAAGAAUGUUAAUAAUACUGAUGUGAAUGCUGAACAAGCAGAAGACAGAGAAGAAGAAGAAGAAGAGGAUAACAUGGAAGUGUCGGAUGGUGAAGAACCGUCCAGUUUAAUUAAUCAUGAAAAUUCAUUCAAUAACAACAAUGCCCAUCCAUCUAGUAUCAUCAAUGUGGAACAAGAUAAAGAUUGGCGUAUAUUUACUUCAAUGAAAUCGAUGAGUUGUCAGCUACCUCAUACAUCAUCAUCAUCACCUGGUAAUCAUAAUAAUAAUAAUUCUACAAUUCCUAUUAUAUCACCAAACAAUCCACUAGUUGGUUUGAUCCCACCACGACCGCCUACAUCUUCUAUACGUAUACCAUCUCCUCCGGCACCUCCACCAUUUGUUGUUGGCGGAUUAGAUCAUCAAUAUUCUUUCAGUCCACCGCCUCCUCUACCGUCAACAUUGAAUGAAUUAGCUUAUCGUCAGCAGCAGCAGCAGCAGCAUAUUCUACCUGUGACUAAAUCCGAUUCAUUCAUUGUACAACAACCUCCUGGAGCAGCACCUCCACCGCCACCACCGCCUCCAAUAUUUGUGGAUUUGAAACAGAUCAAUACAUUUAUGAACAGCAGUGUUAGUAGUAGUAGUAGCAGUAGUGGUAGUGGUAGUUGUAGUAGUGACUUGACAAAUACUACCAUUAAACAAUCUAAUGAUAUUAUUCAAUCGGAAAAAUUAUCCGCUAUUGAUAUAUUGAAAAAUCUCUGUCAAUCACCAUCUUUACUAGCGUCAAAAUCAUCUUCAUCCUCUGCAUCGUUGUCGUCAUUCAAUUAUCCUUCUAAUAAUAAUAAUAAUAAUAACAUGACAGCAUCGAUUUCUCCAUUGAUUUCUCCGUUUCCAUCUGUAUUCCCAUCCUCCUCCUCCUCCUCAUCAACAUCAUUGUCUAUUGAGAAUGCAGGAAUUACUUCGUCAACAAUGAUUAGUCAUAAAAGUCCCCUAUUAUCACCUAUGAUUCAAUCAAGUCUAAUGAUGAACUCAUUGAAUUCCUCCAAGCAGAAUAAUAAUAAUAAUAAUAUUCCAACUGGAAUCACAUUGAAUUCAAUCGGUUCUAAUUCUUCUUAUGAUAAAAAUGUUAAUCAAACUGUAACUAAUAAUAAUAAUAAUAAUAAUAAUAAUAAUAAUAAUAAUAAUAAAAUUGUCGAAGAUCCAUUUGCUGUCAUUUCUCGUCUAACUGGAUUAUCGAAUUUAAUGAAAAACAUUCCAACUCAAUCAAAUCCUAUUCCAGUUACAUUGAACACAUCUAGUAAUCCUUUACUGGAGUCGACGCCAACAAUAACAACCCAACCAUCAACUACCACGAUCAUCACCAGCACCACCUCUAUUGGCUCUGAUUAUUUAUGUGAUAAAACUAGUCAUCCAAUCAAAGAUUCAUUAUCAGUGUUCUCUUCAAAUAAUAAUAAUACUAAUUAUAAUCAUAAUAAUGAUUUAAAAUCAAUCGAUCAUUUUCAAGAAUUACCGUCAACUAACGUUACAGCAACAACAACACCAACUACUCCUACUAGCGCUACUAUUAAUAAUUCACAUAUUCCAUGCGUUAAACGUUCUAGAUUUUCAGAUGUAAGCAAUAUUGAAAAUAAUCAUAAUAAUAAAGAGAAAACUAUCCCAUCAUUAACUAGUGUAUUAUGUACUAUGACUACUACUACUCCUACUCCUAAUGCUACUGCUGCUCAUACUGCCAGCUCAUCAUUGUCUAUUAGUUCUGAUGUAGUAACAUCAUCAUUACCUUGUUCAAUGAAUGAAACAACAACAUCUUCAGCAUCAUCAUCAUCAGCAUCAUUAUCGACAACUUCCAAAACUACAAUCCAUAAUCAUUCUGAACAUGGUGGUCAUGUCAUUGGAGGUGAAGAAGAGUUAGAAGAAGACCAGCAACGACAACAGCAGCAGAAAUUCCCUGAUCUUGUUAACAAUGAUAACAAUAGUGAUAGUUGUUCUUCAGCUGAUGGCGGUGAUACACCGACAUUAGAUGAAAGACAAGAUGAUUUCUCGCUGUUAUGUAAUAAUGGUCAUCAUAAAAAUCCAUCGAUUCUAUCCUUUCAUCCAUCAUUUAAUACAGCGGCAUCAAGUUUAGCUGAUUUCCUCAUACCGAGCUCAUGUCAUGGUGCAGCCGAUCCAAAAUCAUUUCUAUCCAAUCAUAAUAAUAUUUCACCAACUUCAUUUACACCGGGAUAUGGUUUAACUUAUCCUCAUAAUAAUAAUAAUAGUAAUAAUAUGAAUUUCAUUCCUGUAAUCAAUAAUUCCAUGAAUAUGUCUUCUGUCAUUCCGAGUACUGCUACUGCUAUUCCCACUACUACUACAACAACACAAUCAUCAAUGACCAAUUUACCUAUGUCCAAUUCACAAGUAGCUUCUGCUGGACCGACUCAUCCAAGUAUGAUGUUCUAUGAACCAAUGACAAGAAUGUUGCCUUUAACGCCUAAACCAUUAGUACCUUGUCCUUUGAUAAUGUCACCACAACAACAACAACAAACACGUCUAGCAGCAGCAGCGGCAGCAACAACAGUUCCAGUACAACAACUAUCACCUGCAUUAUUUCGUGGACAGAAUUGGCCGCCACAGUCCAUAGUCGCCAAUCAAGUCACAUCGUCGUUACAACGUCCUCCUCAUCCUCUUCCUGCUCCUGCUCCAUCAUCGACUAAUUUCUGGGCAUUGAUGAGUACAGUGCCUCCGCCACCUCCACCACCACCGCCGCCCCCACCCACACUACUACUACCACCAUCACAACAAUCUUCAUCAACUCUACCAUUGCCUACUCUCUCAACAUUCAAUUCAAAUCAAACAAUACGUCCAUCAUUAGUUGGUGGUGUCAUGUUCAAUCCGAAUACAUGGAUGUUCUCUUCGGCAACGAACAGAGAUAAACAGUGAAUAUUAUAUAUAUUAAUAUAUAUAUACAUAACAUUACAAUCGAUGCAUAGUAGUACUAGUAGUAGUAGUAGUAGUAGUAUAUCGAUUUUAUGAAUAAUUUUUUUUUAUCUGUAUAAUAAAUUCAUCGUUUCUUCAUUCUUUCCUUCUUUCUUACCUUACUAAUUAUUAUACACUCAUGUUAUUGUAUUGUAUGAACAGAACACAUCAUGAUGAUUUUUAAGGUUGGCUCUUCCCUCAUUCAACAUUCAUUGUACAAAUUGACAGACUGUGGAUUUCAACAACAAGAACUGAUUUUCCAUAAUUGUGACCAAUUCUCAACACACUGCAACAAUGAUGAUAGCUGCACACAGAAUUGCCCAUUGUGUACUAACUACUGUUUCGUUGUUUUCUUUUUAACUCUACAAAUAUCACGUUUAUGAUAUGAGUAUCUUGUGUGUGUGUGUGUGGUGUUCAUUUUAAAUGAUAAUAAUCGAUUCCCUUUUUUUUCAUUGUUCACUGAUUUCUUUCCCGUCUUAUUUUUUUUUAUUUAUUGAAACCUUAGAAAAAAAGUUCACCUUUUAGAAAGAAACACUAUAUAAGACAAUGUAUAUGUGUGUGUGUGUGCGCUUACAGAUUUAUAUUGAUUUGUGUGUGUGCGUGUGUGUGUCUGUGUGUAAAACUUUUUCCUUUCACUUUUCCACUUGUACAUUGAAAGUUUUUAAAAUGCAUUUUUGAAAUAGGUUUGACUUUUUGUCUUUUUUUUUGU